UUUCUCCCAUCAUUCCUUGCUGACCGCCAUUUUCUUCGGCGGCACGUUUCUCUGUUCUGGACAAUAACUUAAGUGGUUAGGACGCUAAAUUAUUAUCAUGGGGGACAAAAUUGAUAUGAGUUUAGAUGACAUCAUUAAGUUGAACAAAAAGCCAUCACGCGGGGGUCGGGGUGGUCAAAGAGGGGGAGGGGGUGGGGGUAGAGGCAGGUCAGUCCGUGGGGCACAGCGAGGCGGUGCACGACGCAGUCAAAGAGGUGGUGGAGCCGCCGGUGUUUUUCGAGGAGGCAUCCAACGCAGAAAUCGUCCACAGAAUUUCCAGAGGACAAAGGAAGUGCCUGAUGUUUGGCAGCAUGACAUGUACGAUGGCGGUAUGGGUGCCAAGAGAGGUCUUGUCGGAGGUCGCCUGGGAGGUGGCGGAGGAGGAGGGGGUUCAGCGCAACAAGGGAAGCUUCUAGUAUCAAAUCUUGACUUUGGUGUAAACGACUCUGAUAUUCAGGAAUUGUUUGCUGAGUUUGGUCCAUUAAAGAAGGCAGCAGUUCAUUAUGACAGAUCAGGUCGAUCUCUAGGUACUGCAGAGGUGAUCUAUGAAAGAAGAAGUGAUGGAGUGAAGGCCUUAAAACAGUACAACAAUGUACCUCUUGAUGGUCGUGCUAUGAACAUCCAGCUGGUUGGCCAGGCAGCAGGGGAGACAGCCAGGCCAGCCUUCACCGGGGGGAACAGACAAGGGGGAAGUUAUGGCGGCAGCAGCAAUCGAGGGAGCAACAGAAGUCGAGGUCGCAGCCGAGGUAGAGGGGGGUUCGGUGGCAGAGGUCGGGGGAGAGGGCAACAGAAGACACCUACAGCCGAAGAGCUGGAUGCUCAACUUGACGCAUACAAUGCUAAGAUGGAUGUUGAUUAACAAGAACCCGGUGAUCUGGCUGGAAUACUUUAACAGAUGGCAGAUACAAUUCACAACAAAUAAGCAUAACUACCAAAAUGUCAAAAUGUUUCUUGAAGUUUUGGUUUACGCAGGUUUCUGUCUUACUGUACAAACUGUCUCCCAUGGUUUUGUAUUUUAUCACCGAACAAAGACCUUUCUAAUCAUGCAAAACAAAAUUUUAUGGUAAAUAGCACUUAUAGGAACACAGGUGCUGACAGUUUUAGAAUUGUACAGUUGAAGUAUUUAAUGUUUUAUCCUCAUCAAACGUACUCAUUGUUUGAUACAGUCAAACAAAAUAGUUUGUGUGGUAUCCAAUGAAAUAGGUUUUGAAUUGUUCCAGUUGAGAUAAUUACUGUACUUAAGUUUAUUUUUCACUCUGGGAAACCAUGCAUAUUAUUUUGUUUGUAAUCCAUAUAGUUCCGUUCAUUUGCAUCUUAUGUGACUGUGUGCUUGUGAGGUGAAUCUGUGGUACGCAUGUUGUCCGUGUGAAUGGUUGCUCCAUCAUGUCACUGUAGCUUCUAUUGAAAUCAGUUACGAUCGAGAGAAUCUCAUCAAAUUCAUUGGUUUUUAAUUGACCCAGUUAUUUUAUAGGGAGAAAAUAGACACUAAGUGCUGAAUCAUUUCUGUCCAUUCUAGCAUGACCCUCAGCCCAUUGUAUAUGAAGAAUUGAUUUCUUAGGUACUUGUUUCACUUGUCAGUCCAAUGUAUGAAUUGAUGCAGGAUAAAUACUAUAUUUCUUCCUAAA